UCCAUCGCGAAGCGAAUGCUUAUUGGCCACUUCGAAGAAGCUUCGCCUCUGAAGCCCAACGUUUUGUUUCUUAGACCUCGCGAGAACUUGCGCCGCCGCCGCCGUUCCAAAAGCAAGCCUGACGGCCGUGGGCGCCACCAUCUUGCUUCAGCGGAGCCUGAAGAGGCGGGUAGAAGUGACGUCCGGGCUCUUGGAGUGGGGGAGAACUUGCGAGGGGAAGGAAGGUGCGGCUUGUGGGUUGGAACCGGAGCCUUGGCACAGAGGCUGCCGCUUCUCCCCUUUCGCUUCCUUGGGCCACUUCCACGGAGGUCGGUCCGACCAGACAGCAAGAUGGCGGUGGAGUCUCGCGUUACUCAGGAGGAGAUUAAGAAGGAGCCCGAGAAGCCUAUCGAUCGUGAGAAGACCUGCCCCCUCCUUCUGAGGGUCUUCACCACCAACAAUGGGCGCCAUCACCGAAUGGAUGAGUUUGCCCGUGGAAACGUACCUUCCAGUGAACUGCAGAUCUAUACCUGGAUGGAUGCAACUCUAAAAGAACUGACAAGUUUAGUGAAAGAAGUCUACCCGGAAGCAAGGAAAAAGGGCACACAUUUUAACUUUGCAAUAGUCUUCACAGAUCUUAAAAGGCCUGGUUACAGGGUGAAAGAGAUUGGCAGUACAAUGUCAGGCAGAAAGGGCACAGAUGAUUCCAUGACUCUGCAGUCUCAGAAGUUCCAGAUAGGGGAUUACCUGGACAUAGCAAUUACUCCCCCAAAUCGAGCACCACCUCCAUCAGGUCGCAUGAGACCUUAUUAAUAUUUUGCUUUCUUCUAAUGACCACACUACAUGGUCAUACAGAUUACAAAUGGCUUGUUUUUUUAAAUGCAAAGUGAAAAUGCUAGAAAACCUGUUAAGCUGUAGAAAUACUGAAAUUAUGUUACUGUAUAUUUUUAGAAGGGUGCUCUCUGCUAGGUUUUCUUUUUCUGAAUAGCUGAAAAGCAGACCGUGCAGUGUUUCUUAAAGUGUGUAAUGUUUGGCUGAAACACCACAAGCAGUCUUGAGGUAUUUGAAACCAUAUAUAUUGUAUGACCAACCUUUAAUGUGGAAAGAUUAAAUGAGAGAGGUAUUUCAUAAGCGCACUGUAAGAUUGCUUUUUAAGAAAUCGGGUGAGGCGUGUACUUGUUUUUGUCAGUAGAGAUGUAGUGUGUAAGUACACAGAGAAGUACAUUGGCUCUGUCUGAAAACAUUUGCCAAAAGGGUUACUUUUUGAACAUCCAUAAAGUACCUAUUUUCUCAUAAAUCAGUCCACAAUGCAAUCUGGGAGAGCUGCAUUUUCCCAUGUCCAAAGUAUUGGGUGUAGAUGAUGGGAUUGCCAAUGCGGUGAGCACAGCAUCUGUGCUCAAUAAUUGCAUAUUCAUUGUGCAAAAAUAUUCACCCUAAUACAGCUGUAGUAGGACUUACACUA